GAAGAAGCUCACACCACCGUGUUGAUCAUCGGGAUCCGCAAAGAGGCCCGUUCCCAAGUCCUCCACCUGUCCAGGAACAAGCGCUACACCCUGACCCCAGAGCAGCUCAAAUGGGACAAGUUCAAGCUAACAUAUAAGUUGCUGUCUUUUCCUACAAACCUGAUAAAUGCCAGCGACACGCGCCGAGGCAUUGCCAGGGCUUUCGGCCUGUGGAGUGACGUCUCCCCGUUCUCAUUCAGAGAGGUGCCAGCUGACGAGGAGGCGGACAUUAAGAUUGGAUUCUACCCGGUCAACCACACGGACUGCUGGCAGUCCUACCUGCACCACUGUUUCGAUGGCAUCACAGGUGAACUCGCUCACGCUUUCUUCCCGCCGUCGGGCGAGAUCCACUUCGACGACCACGAAUACUGGAUUCUGGGAGACAUGCGCUUCAGCUGGAAGAAAGGGGUUUGGCUGACAGACAUCGUCCAUGUGGCAACUCAUGAAAUCGGCCAUGUCCUCGGGCUCAUGCACUCCUUGGAGCCAAAUGCUAUAAUGCACUUGAACGCUACUCUGACAGGACGCAAGCGAAUCACGCAGGACGAGGUCUGGGGUUUGCACCGUCUCUACGGAUGUUUGGACCGGUAUUUUAUCUGUCCCGCCUGGGCCCGGAAAGGCUACUGCGACAGCAAGCGCAGGAUGAUGCAGAGGCACUGCCCCUCCAGCUGUGAUUUCUGUUACGACUUCCCUUUUCCCACUGCAGCCCCGACACCAACUCCACCAAGGACGAAACACAAGCUGGUCCUCGAGGGCAAGAAGCUCACUUUUCGUUGUGGGAAGAAAAUCGCGUCAAAGAAAGGCAACGUACACUGGUACAAAGACGGGGAGCUGCUGGAGCACUCGCACCCAAACUACAUCUCCUUGAAGGACGACCACAUCACCAUAGUGGCCAACGCCAUCAACGAAGGCACGUACACUUGCAUCGUGAAGAAAAAGGACAAAGUUCUUACGAAAUACUCAUGGCGCGUACGUGUGCGCUUCUGAUGGUCUCAUAAGCUGCAGAGCACACAAGACUCUAGGGCACAUAUUUCAAUUAAAAAAAGUAAAUUAAUCUUGUAUCGUCAAUAAAGAUUUUCUGCUUUUGAUAGUCAUUUUGUAAAUCCAGUUGUGUACAUGCAAACAAUAAACGUUUUAUACUACCCAA